AUGGCAGCAGCGGGGGCGGCGGAGAUGCGCGGGGAGGCGGGGGCGGGCGGAGAGGGCUCGCUGUUCCGCGAUUACGAGGCGAGCUUGAAGGUCCCCCCUCCUCAGGCAAGUCCUUUCAAAUGUCCUGGUCCUCUCCGCUCCCUUCGUGUUUCUUUCCCCUCUUUCCCCUGUGUUGAUCAUCCUUCUCUUACCCCUCCUUCUCCACCCGCCCUACUCUCCCUCCAAUUCUCCUCUUUCCCCCUCUCGCCCCCUUCAGAAGACCCGUUCGCCUCGGCGGCGGCUCGGCGGCGAUUCUCAGCCUCGGACACGGAUAACCUGGUGCAGCGCGCCAAUAGCCGCGGCCGGGGGAGCAUCAGCGGGCGCAUGGGGGACGGCGGGGGCGCGGGGGGGAGUGGCAGAAGCGGGGGCGGCGGAAGCAGGCGGGGGUCGCGGGAGCUGUCACUGGCGGAAGAGGAUUUGCGCGCGCUAGAGGAGGGGAUAGAGGAGGGGGGCGGGGACUUAUCGGACGUGGUUCGCGGAGGGGCGACGGGGGAAACGAGUAGUGCGGGAACUGGCGGAAACUCGUCGCAGGAGAGUAUACCAUUAGGUGUAGAGCAUCCCUACAGCGAUAGAAACGCAUCCGGGCGUUAUAGCGCGGAUGACUUCGCGUCUUAUAACGGGGAAACCAGUGGCCGCUUCAGCGGGGAAAGUUCUAGGAGGUUUUCAGAUUCCACUCCCCCGUUGCCCUCCGCCCCAGGGGCGCGGCUAUCCCCCUCGGCGGAGACACGCGCGCUUGUAAAUAGACCGCGGGGGAGGAGCAUGAAGGAGCGGGAUCCCGCGCAUGGGGGGACCGCUGCGGAAGCAAGCGCGGAGCUAGGCAUGCGCGCGCAAUGCGGGGAGUGCGCAGACCUUGGGGAAGGAGCGGUGGAGGGGAGAGCGCCGGGAAGCAGCAGGGGUUACGCGGAACGGCGGGCAAGAGAGGGGCGCGCGCUGCAGAGGGGGCGCAGCGAGGGCGGGCGGAUGGGGGAACACUUUCACGUGAGGGAGGGCGCGGGCAUGGGGGAAGGCAGUAGGGAGGGCGCGGGCAUGUGGGCCGAGGGGGAAGCGGAAAGGGAGGCGGCGGAUAGGGAGGCGGCGGAAAGGGAAGCGGCGGAUAGGGAAGCGGUUGAGAGGGAGGUGGCGGAGAGGGAAGCGGCGGAGAGGGAGGGGGCGGGGAGGGAGUGGGCGGAGAGGGAGCGGAGCGGGUGGCAGCAGGAGCGGCGGCGGCGGCGGUCCGCCCGCCGCAUGCCCUCGUGGGACUGCGAGCGCCUCCCCGGAGUAGCCUUCCCCCGCCCCCCCCCGUCCUUCGAAUCCACCCCCAUCUCCAUCAACUCCCGCACCCCCCACUCCCGCACCCCCUCCCUCACUCCCUCCCACUCCUCUUCCGUCUCCCCGUCCCGGUUCCCGUCCUCCUUCUCCCCCUCGUUCGGGCCCUCUCGCACGUCCUCUCGCACACGGUCGCACAGCAGCAGCAAUGCGACUGACCAGUCGUUAGGGCAGUCGCCGCUGUGGACGCCCAGGCGAGUGGUGGAAGAGGCGAGUCGCCUGCUGGGGGGGCAGCGGGGGGAGGGGUUCGGGCUGGGCGCAGGCAUGGGGUCGGGUAUGGGGAUGGGCAUGGGGUCGGGUAUGGGGAUGGGCAUGGGGUCGGGUAUGGGGAUGGGCAUGGGCGCGGGGACGGGAAUGGGUCCGGGGGUCCCGUACGCGCGGGACAGGAUGUGGUAUGGCGAGGAGCGUAAUAUGGGGUACAGCCCGCCUGGAAGGGCCUUGAGCCCACCAGCAGCAGCUCAACAAUUCCAGCAGAAGCAGCCGUUUGAGGGGAGGUCGCGGGUUCAAUCCCUGGUGCCGUCAUUCCCAAGCCGAGUCAGUGAGGGGGAUGAGGACAAGAGCAGCAGCAGCGGCAAAACUCGUGCCAGUGCUGCUCGCACUGGCGUCGCUGGUGCCUCUUCUCCUCAUGCCUCUGCCUCUGGAAACAGCACCCGCAUUGCUGCUGCCGCUGUUGCUGCUGCUGCUGAAGCGCUUUCUGCACAGCCUACAAGCCCAACCACCAACCCCACAACCCCUAUAAUCCACUGCCCAAGUCCCACUAGCCCAACCAGCCAAUGCGCUAGCCCCACCCCUGCUAGCCCCACAAGCCCCAACCCCACCAGUCCCACGAGUCCCACUGUGACGCGCUCUCUCCCCACGCGCAGCUCUGCCAGCUCUACAGACGCGGAGGCUGUGCUGUGCCGCGCCCUUGCCUCCAUCCCCUCCCCCCCGGACAGCCCCUCCGCGCUCACCCUCAUUCCGCCUCUCACUGCCUCCUCCUAUAAACCUAACAAGGCAGCAGCAGCUGCUGCUGCUGCUCCUUCCGCUGAUAUUGCUCCCGCUCCAGUCCAGCCGCUGGGUCCCUCUGCCUCUGCCCCAUCCCUUGCAUUCAGAAACCCCUUGGCGGCGCUGCCCCCGCUGCCCUUCCCCUUCCGCCCAUCCCCGCGCGCCCCUGCGCCCAGCUCCGCGCCCGCCUUUGCCACCGCCGCUGCUCUCAUAGCUGUUGCCACUGGCAUGCCGGAUGGUGGCCGUAUGGGCACGCCAGAGAGCCGUAUGGGUAUGUCAGAGGGCCGUAUGGGUAUGUCAGAAGGGCGGGUGGGCAUCCCAGAAGCGACGUCAGUGGAGACUAUCAGCAGCACUCUCAGCUCUGAUACCGCUGCUGCCAUUCCCCGCAUGCAGCACGUGGCCGCUCUGCACCGCAUUCAACACCAGCAACAGCAGCAGCAGCAGCAGCAUGUGGGGAAUCAGGGCAGGCAGAAGCCAGCAGCAGAGUCUUCCCUCAGUGCUGCCAGUGCCUCUGCCGGGGAUACCUAUGGCGCUGGUGCUGGCGCUGGUGCUGGUGCGGGCAGCAGCGGCGCCAACGCCUCUGUCUCCAGCUAUGGCCGCAGCAGCAGCAGCAGCAGUAGCGGCACCCGCCCCACGUCGCCCCUCCGGUUUGGCGGGAGGCUGGCUGCGAAGCUGGCGGGUUCCUUCUCCUCCCUGGUUCCUAAAUCUCCCAAGUCUCCCAAGUCGCCCAAGUCCUCCAGGUCUCCCAAAUCUCCCAAGUUGCGGAGUCCCCGGAAGUUUGGAAGGAGAUUCGGUGCAGUGACAGGAACUGAGGGGGCAGGCGGAUCUGCAACAGCAGCAGCGGGGACAGCAGCAGCAGGAGGAGCAGCAGCAGGAGCAGCAGGAGCAGCAGCAGCAGGGCAAGGAAGAGGGUCGUCCUUGGUGGCAGCAGUGGCGCUAGGGGGUCACAAGAGCACCCCAUCCUUGACCCUAUCCACAGACGAAGGUCCCACUGCUGGCUCUGGGAAUUUCAGCAGCGAGGGGACUAUGAGCUGGGGCUCCCUCCUCUCAUCCUCCUCCCUCAUUGGCCGCUCCUUCUCCCUGCUCUCCCCGAGAAAAGGCCCCAAAAUGCGCCGGGGAACCUGCCUUGUACCCUCGACAUCGACACGGGAAGAUGGGCAGGUGGAGGCGGCGGUUACUGGGGAUAGUGACUUGAGUGGGAUGUUGGGGGAUAGUGAAGUGAGUGGGGUGUGUGGUGGGGAUAGUGAGGUGAGCGGGGUGUGUGGUGGGGGGAUGUCGCUAGAAGCCAGUUUGAGCCAUGCAGGGCCGGAUGUGCUGUUGGGUGUGAGGGAUGCUGCUGAGGCAGCAGCAGGUGCAGCGGCAGGAGCAGGAAGAGCAGAAGCAGGCGUUGCAGAAGGGGCAGGAGUGGGAGUAGGGAUGGGUGCAGCAGGCGAGGCAGGUGGUGCUGUAAAGGGGUGUUUGAAUGACGGGGCUGAGGAUGUGUUAAUGGGCCACGUGCGUAGCAGGCUGCAGGCAGUGCAAGCAGGGCAAGCAGGAAAGGCAGGGCAAGCAGGAAAGGAAGGGCAAGCAGGAAAGGCAGGGCAAGCAGGAAAGGCAGGGCAAGCAGGAGAGGCAGGAAAGGCAGAGCAAGCAGGGCAGGGGGCACAAGCUGGGAUGGCAGUACAGGCAGUGCAGGCGUGUAGGAGUGGGGAGGAGGCGAGCAACGAGGAAGAGAGUGGGAGGAAGUGGGCCCAGCAAGGCACUGCCGAUCGCAGGCUAGCGCUGCAGGGACAGGGGAAGAGUGGCGCAGGUGGCGCAGGUGGGGCAGGUGGGGGAGGCGCAACAGGUGUGGCGGGCUGGGCAGGUAUAUCUGGUGGAGGUUUGACCCAGGCAGGUGCGAGCUGGACACAGCCCAAUCCAGACAGAAAGCUCUCUAGCUCCCUCCACAGCCCCACACACUCUCCUACCGGUAAUCCCAGAGGUGGUAACCGCGCUGCAGCAAUGAAUCGUAACAGUUCGAGCAAGUCACUGAAAGAGGAGGGUGUGUAUCAGCGGGUGCUGGUUGGGUUGGAGAUCCCAGAAGGGGACGAGGAGAGGGGAGGUGAGGGGGUGCCGGAGAGACCAGUGCUGGGUGUGGGGGGAAUGCAUGGGAGGGUAUCUGUGGUUGGUGGUAGCGGUCAGCAAGGGGAAGCAUGUGGGAAUGCAUAUGGUGGUGGUGAUGGUGAUGGUGAUGAGAAUGGGAAUGGUGAUGGAGGGGGGUAUGUAGAGCAGGAAAGUGAUGGGGAUUCAGCAUCGUCGUCGUCAUUCAGUCCGACAGUCCCUGCUACACUGACGUCGCCUAUAGGGAGUUUGUUUCAAAGCAGGAGGAAGCAUGAGCGCUUACCGAGGCGGUUACAGAGGAGGAAAACUGGCACCCCACGCUAG